AUGUCAAGCACCUUCGCGCCACAUACGCACAUAUACUUGCCUACACAUGGAGAACGAGGUACGUUCGAUGUUUCCCCUCCUCCCCCCGCGCGCCGCCGAGGUCGCCGCCUCGCCACGCGCGUCCCCCCGCGGGCGUCGCGCUCGCGCGAGGGGCCCGCCGCUCGCAGAACACCCCUCGUCACUCACACGCGCUCCGUCCACCUCGAGCGAGUCGAAGACGAGCUCGCCUGCUCGGGCUUGGAGCAGUCCGGAGAGCCUCUGAAAAGGACCAGACUUAAAUCGCCGUCGGACGAGUCGCCCGACUCGGAAGACCGCGAAGAUUCAGACGAGUCCUACGGCCCGUCGCCGCCCCCACCCAGCUGCUCGUACCGCGCAAACGCCGAAAUUCGCCAACAAGCGGAGACGCCCGGAGACGACGGCUCCCGCGGAGCCUUCGACCAGUUCCUCAAAAGAAAACACGUCGUCAAACCGAAGGCCAAAAAACCGUUGAACUUGAACAAAUCAGAUCCAGUCUAUGUGUACGGGAAGGAUCAACUGCCACAAGAGGUCCAGGGAAGAGUUCCUACAAACUACGAACAGCAGCUGGACAUCGUCUCAAAGACAAUCCCGCAAGGCGAAAUCGACCACGACACGCUCAACGACAACCCCUUAAACCUCCCCAUCACACACGAAGUACUGAUGUAUGGACACACCAGAGCCGUAUCGGCGCUCAGCUACGAAUUUAACGGACAUCGCCUUGUCUCCGGCGGAUACGACUACGCUCUUCGCUUUUGGGACUUCAACACCAUGUCUCGCAACCUUCAGAGCUUCAGGACGCUGGAACCGUGCGGAAACUACUUGAUUCACUCCGUGGAGUGGAACAAAAGCGGGGACAAAAUCCUUCUGGGAAGCGCGUCGCCACAAGCGAAAAUCCUGGACCGAGAGGGCCACCAAUUGGUCGAGUUCAUCAAGGGCCACCAGUACAACGUCGAUAUGGCAAACACUCUCGGACACACCCUGAAUAUCACCAAGGCCAUCUGGCACGCCACCGAUCGAAACUGCGUCAUAACGGGCGCUCUAGAUUCGACGGUGAGGCUGUGGGACGUCAACGAAUCCAAAAAACACAAACUCCUUAUCAAAAUCAAAAACGACCGCGGCUUCAACCAAGCCCGCGUCUAUGCCCUCGUAAUGGACGCCCGCGGUAAAUACGUGACUGUAGCAAGCGAAGACGGGUCCAUCCAACUGUUCGCGCCCAAAGCACCUUGCAACCGCCCCACUAUCAAAAUACCAAAAGCGCACGAAUUCGGCACGGAAACCUCUGGCCUGAGCUACUACCCCAACGACGAAAACCUCCUUCUGUCCAGAGGAGGCGACGACACGAUGAAAGCGUGGGACCUCCGCUCUCCAAAAACCGCCCUGAAAUGCUUCGACCACCUCCCAAACCGCUACGCGGAAACCAAUAUCGUAUUCAGCCCAGACGCAAAAAUAAUCCUCACCGCCACCUCGACGACCAGAGAAGGCGCUCCCGCCAUGCUGGCAUUCUUUGACGCAAAAACCCUAACCUUGUGCAAACAAACGACCGCCGCCUCUGAAAGCGUACUCUCCCUGUUCUGGCACGCAGAAACGAACCAAAUCCUCGCCGGCUCCGCUGACGGCGUCAUUCGCUGCUUCUUCAGUCCAACUCACUCCAAAAACGGCGUAUUGAAGUGCCUCCUCAAGUCUGUCAAACGACACGAAGAAAUCGGCUCCGGCGUCGACAUCCUGACUCCGCACGCCCUGCCUAUCUUCCAAGACACAAUAACCGAAAAACAACGCAGGAAACAAGCGCUCAAAGACCCAAAACUCAGCCACAAGCCUCUAGAAGUCAAGACCGGCGCCGGCUCUCAAGGGUUCUUGGGCACCUCUCUCAAAGCAGAAUUCAUGAAGAAAAUCUUAAAAGCCACCGCGAACGACCCCCACGAAGACCCACGAGAAGCACUCCUAAAACACCACGACAAAACCGCCCCGCAGAACCUCAACCAGCUCGACUAUGAAGCCCUAGAAAGAAUCAAUCGAGCCGAGCUAGACAGAGCCGAACAAAUAGAAAAGCUCAGAAAACAACGAGAAAGAAAAUAA